UCAACCUCCCUUGAGUGAAAGCUAAGCCUCUUCUCUCUGGAGGCGGAGCCAGCCACUCUGAACAGCUUAAAACCCUAAGGCCUGCAUCUGGUGUGGGCAACAGCCCUGGCAUAGCCCUCUGGCUCCUCUCCCUGUGCCAGCUCCAUGGCCAGUCCUGUGGCGGCAUCUCCAGGCUGUGCCAGUGGGUUGGGUCCCUAUCGGAGAAAGAGGACCACCUUCAGUGUUGGGCAGUUGCUGGAGCUGGAACGGGUAUUUGCAGCUAGACCCUAUCCUGACAUCAGUACCCGUGAGCACCUGGCCCAGGUAACUCACCUGCCUGAAGCCAAAAUCCAGGUGUGGUUCCAGAACCGCCGAGCCAAGAGAAUCAAGAACAGAAAGCCAGGAACCUUGAACCCUAGGAUGGACCUUCCUCCUAACUCCUGCUCUCUUCCAGACGCUCCCCAACAACCCUCUGGAACACCAGGCCAGUCUCUACAGUCCACUGGCUCAGCUCAGCAUGCUUCAGCAUGCCCACAGACCUCCUGUGUAACUUUCAGCUUGGGUCCAGGGCAGAGCUGGGCAGGGGCUAAAGCCGCAGGCCCAUGGGGGCCAAGUGGGGCUCCAGGGGGUUACUCUUCUUUGGAGCAAACUGUUCCUCAGACUUCACUGGGCAGCCUCUCUGACCUUAUCUAUACCUCAGCCAUUGUCACCAAUGUAGAUCACUUGUAAUACCACCCCCCACCUCCCCCACCCCCGCCAGAGGGUUUCUCUGUGUAGCUUUGAAGUCUGUCAUGGAACUAGCUCUUGUAGACCAGGUUGGUCUUGAACUCAUAGAGAUACGCCUGCCUCUGCUUCCCAAGUGCUGGGAUUAAAGGAGUGUGCCACCAUCGACCGGCUAGAUCACUCCUAAUUUAGGUGUAGAGCUUCUAAGAGUUUGGCUCUGGUUCUUGUAAGCCACUCUGUCUCUCUUGGGAUGGAGAGAACCACUGCUUUUUACAUUGGGAGUGUUCUCUAACAGAGUUUAGCUCAGAGACCCAUCCCUGCACUCCCAACAUCCAGCAACCUAAUUUUGAAGGUCCUGUGCAGUGACUGGAGCUUAGUUCCUACUACCUGGCACACUAGUCAUUUUUAGGGUACAUGGCCAUUGUCUCAUCAGGAGUACUGUCAAAGUAAGGGACCAUGUUGUCCACCUCUAUUGCCAGGCUUGGGUCCCCCACUCCUAUUAGUUGAUGAUCUCCUUCCUCUGAAGGGGCAGCCACCAGUCUGAGGGCCUUGCCAGGACCUUGCUUAUGUGCCAGGGGAAGGGCACUGCUUCUCUGCUGGACUGCUGGAAGACACACCCUUUCAUGGUUCAGGGCCCCAUUGCCCGACUUCCUGCCACCUGGACAAAUUAAUCAGAACUGUGGAUUUGAAGAGGGAGUGAUAUUAAAAUUACAUAAAUAGAAGCACGGUCUUACAUUGAUUGAAUUUCCCCAAAGAUCAGAUUGGCUGUCCUCUGAUGUGAUCUGGGGGGAGGGGUUAUAGUAAAGCUUUGGGUUUUUGUAUCACUGUCAUCUGUAAUACCAACUGAUCUCCAAAUAAAACAAAGCUCUUUAA